AUGGCAACUAAUGAACUUUUAACCGCAGAGCAAUACAAACAUGCUGUGACGAAGGUCAGAUACAACGAUGUCGAUCCUUCGUUUUACAAUUAUAUGGAAUUGAUUAAUAAGAUUACAAAAUUGUCGAAAAGUGUUCUAACAGGUGUUCUUCCAGAGGAGAAUAAUGAUGAUAGUGGUGAAAAUGUAAAUAAAGAAAUAAGUGAGAAUAAAUUUAACUUAGAUACUAUUCUGAACUUAGAGCAGUCGUUAGAUUUAAAGUAUUUAACCUUAACAAACGAAUUGGAUAUCAAAAAGGUGACAUUCGAGAAUAACAUUCAGAAAACUGAUAGAAAUCUAGCUGCAUUACAAUCUCAUGUGCAGAAGACGUUACCAGAAAUGAAAUAUUAUAGGACCACUAUGCAGAACCGUACACGUAGACUACGAGACAUGUAUUCUAGCAUUCUUAACAUUAAUGAAGAAUUAUAUGCUUUAGCUGCCGGAAAAACUAGUCUUGCGGCUAGUUUAAGUGAAUGGGAAGAGAAAUUAGGUAAAGAAUUAACUUCGAAACUGAUACAACAAAACUAUAUGAAAUCGACGGGAUCCGAAAGUGACGGUAAAGAUCAAUUAUAUAAAAUAUCUGAUAAUUUAAAUAAGUCACCAGGAGAAUUGAGAUUUGUUAAUGCAUCAAUAAGAAAAGAUAUUCAAAAAUUAGUGAAAGAACUAGAACUAUCGAAAAAUAAAUGGUCGAAAGAUGCAGAUAUAUUCGAUAAGAUUUCAGAAGUUUUAAAAGUAGAAUUAGUUAACAGAAAUGUUGAACUUGGUUCAAGUAAGAAUGACGAUGAUGAAGAUAUGGAAGAUGUUAACGAUACUAUCCGUAAGAGGCAUUCGAGGGUGCAACCAACUCUAAAUGAAUCAGAAGAAUUUGGCGGUGAACACGUAAAUGAAUCGGUAAGUGAAGAUGAAAGUGCAGAUGAGGUUGAGGGCGCAGAUGAUAUUGAUGAAGGCAUGGAGUCAGAUGUUGACAUUGAGCUUGAUCCUGAAAUUGAGGAAGACCAAAGAGGCGAAUCCAGAGAAUACAGCGAGAUGGGCCAUGAAUUUGCAGAUGUCGAGCAAGAUAAAGAAGAGGAUCUGGAAGAUAAGGAAGAGGAUCUGGAAGAUAAAAAUAAUGAUUCUGCUAGUGAUGCUAAUAUAAUAGAGAGAAAUGUGGAUGCAGAAGAUAUCAAGAUGGCCGAAGAUGGAGAAGAAAAGACCCUUAAAGACGAUAUGAAAGAUUAA